UGACCUGCUGUCUUCUGAAUAUCUUGAGAGGCAUAUCGAGCAAGGUGGGAAGACAGUGGAAGUUAAAGGGGGUGAACAUUGCUAUUAUCAGGGAGAAAUUCGAGGAAAUCCUGUAUCAUUUGUUGCCUUGUCAACAUGCCAUGGAUUACAUGGGAUGUUCUAUGAUGGAAAUCAUACUUACCUUAUUGAGCCAGAUGAAAACUACACUUCAGAUGAUGACUUCCAUUUCCACUCUGUUUACAAAUCCAAGUUGUUUGAAUUUCCUUCGGAUGACCUGCCAUCUGAAUUCUGGCAAAUGAAUACUACAUCACAGAAGUUUGUUGUAAAGCCAAGACAUAAAAGAAGUAAAAGGCAGGUUCGUCAGAUUCCACGUAAAGUUGAAGAGGAGACAAAAUACAUUGAGUUAAUGAUUGUAAAUGAUCAUCUAAUGUGUAAAAAGCAUCGUUUGUCAGUUGGCCAUACAAACAGCUAUGCUAAAUCGGUUGUGAACAUGGCAGAUUUAAUAUAUAAAGAACAACUUAACACCAGGAUAGUAUUGGUUGCCAUGGAAACCUGGGCUACUGAUAACAAGUUCACCAUAUCUGAAAACCCCUUGGUGACCCUACGUGAGUUUAUGAAAUAUAGGAGGGAUUUUAUCAGAGAGAAAAGUGACGCAGUUCACCUUUUUUCGGGGAGUCGAUUUCAGAGCAGUCGGAGUGGUGUAGCCCACACGGGUGGAAUCUGCUCCUUGCUUAAAGGCGGAGGUGUGAAUGAGUUUGGAAAGCCAGACUUAAUGGCAGUUACCCUGGCACAGACCUUGGCCCAAAACAUUGGCAUUUUCUCAGACAGAAGAAAACUUCUAAGUGGUGAAUGUAAGUGUGAGGACACAUGGUCUGGAUGCAUAAUGGGAGACACGGGGUACUAUCUUCCUAGCAAGUUCUCCAAGUGUGAUAUUGAAGAGUAUCAUGAAUUUUUAAACAAUGGAGGUGGAGCCUGCCUUUUCAAUAAACCAACCAAACUUCUGGAUCCUCCAGAAUGUGGCAAUGGCUUUGUGGAAGAUGGAGAAGAGUGUGACUGUGGGACGAUAGCAGAGUGUGCCAGUGAAGGAGGAGAAUGCUGCAAUACUUGCACCCUGACGGCAGGCUCUCAGUGCAGCAACGGGCUUUGCUGUCGGAAGUGCCGGUUUGAACCUAAAGGAGUUUUGUGCCGAGAAGCGGUGAAUGAUUGUGAUAUUGCAGAGAACUGCACAGGAAAUUCCAGUCAGUGUUCUCCCAAUAUUCAUAAAAUGGAUGGAUAUUCAUGUGACAACAAGCAGGGUAUUUGUUUUGGAGGAAGAUGUAAAACCAGGGACCGGCAGUGUAAAUAUAUAUGGGGUGAAAAAGUGACAGCUGCUGACAGGUACUGUUAUGAGAAGCUCAAUAUUGAAGGGACUGAGAAAGGAAACUGUGGAAGGGACAAGGACUCUUGGAUACAGUGCAAUAAACAGGAUGUGCUUUGUGGAUACCUUCUGUGCUCCAAUAUAUCCAGUGUGCCCAGACUUGGAGAACUUGAUGGUGAGAUCACAUCGUCAAUCUUGCAGUUCGGAAAAGUCUACAAUUGCAGUGGUGGCCAUGUGAAGCUCGAUGAGGAGACAGACCUGGGCUAUGUGGAGAACGGGACACCGUGCGGGCCAAACAUGGUGUGCCUUGAGCAUCGCUGCCUCCCCACUGAGGCCUUCAACUUCAGUACCUGCCCAGGCACCACAGACAGCCAAAUUUGUUCAGGACAUGGGGUUUGCAGCAAUGAAAUAAAGUGUGUUUGUGACCGAUUCUGGGGAGGAGAUGACUGCAGUUCUCGCAUCAAAGAUGAUACAUUUUUUUAUAAAGAUGCCAUCAAUAAAGGUGUUGUUAGCACAAAUAUAAUAAUAGGGGCUAUUGCUGGCACCAUUUUAGUGUUGGCUCUCGUUUUAGGAAUAACUGGUUGGGGUUACAAAAACUACAGAAGACAGAGACAAAUACCCCAGGGAGAUUAUGUAAAAAAGCCUGGAGAGGCCGACUCUUUUUAUAGCGACAUGCCUCCUGGAGUCAGCACAAACUCUGCAUCUAGUUCUAAGAAGAGGUCUGCUUUUCUGUCGCAUUUUCAGAUUUCUACCUGUUCCAUCACCCAUUAUUCCAUUAGUCAGAACAUUUCAUUGUUUUGCAGCAGGUCAAAUGGAUUAUCUCAUUCCUGGAGUGAAAGGAUCCCAGACACAAAACACAUUUCAGACAUUUGUGAAAAUGGGAGGCCUAGGAGUAAUUCUUGGCAAGGUAAUAUAGGAGGAAACAGAAAGAAAGUCAGAGGCAAAAGAUUUAGGCCACGUUCUAAUUCAACUGAGACACUGUCUCCUGCAAAGUCUCCAUCUUCGUCCACUGGAUCUAUCGCUUCCAGCAGAAAAUACCCUUACCCGAUGCCGCCACUUCCUGAUGAGGAGAAAAAAGCCAACAGGCAAAGUGCCAGGCUAUGGGAGACAUCCAUUUAGCUGCACUGUUUUCCUGGGGUGACAUCAGAACUGUUUACUUCGAAUUUUAUAGAAACUCAGCAUCACUGAGUCAUUGCACAUUCAUCUGCUCUUCAGACAGUUUGAAAGAUCAGCAGAGAUCACAGCGAGGACCUCCUCUCAUCUGGAAGGGGGAAAAAAGCAGUCUUCUUUCUUUCUUUCUUUUUUCUUGACUGGUAUUUUAUGGAUUUGAUGAACAACCAAAAUCAUAACAGUUAACAGGAUAAUUAGCCUGGACGUGUGGCAAGACUGUUCCGCAUGAUGACAGAUACACUUACCUAGAAUCCCAGCUGCAGUCCGUUUGCCAGUCCCACAUAAGAGAGGUUUUUCCCUGGUUUAAUACAGUCCCAAGUCAGACCAGAGUUGAACUGGGAAUGCGCCUCCUGGAGAGCCCAGCCGAUGUAAACGUGUACGCUGUAUGCAUGAACCUUGUGUUCUUUACUUUCCACAUGUAAGGGAUAAACAACAUACUGUAGUAGAAAUUAGCAUGCAGGAGUAAGAAAUACAGGAUUUUUUUGUGACAGGAUUUCAAGCUUUGGAAGGCAACUAUAUGACAUAAACGUCAAACAAACAAGGAUUAUAUCUUUUUUUUUAACCUUACAUGUUUAUAGUCUCAGUAUACAGAUUGUAUAUAUGUAAACAUUUGAUAAUGUCAAAAAUAGCUGUUAUACAUAAGUGUAUUUUGCCAAAUGCCUAAAGAAACAGUCAUGACUAACAUCACACUUCAAAUUUUCUAAUAUUACGAGCAGACAACUUUGGAAAUAC